ACACAUGAUCCGCAGCAUCAUGUCCCACGGCCACGCUCCUCGUCCACCACCGACACCACAGCCAGCAGCCCCACUCCUGGAUACAUCAGCAGUGAUUUAGUGUUGUCAUCAGGAUACCAGUCCACAGAGGAGACAGACAGGCGUCACCAUUCCUCCAGCUGCAUCUGCAGCUUAGAGCAGAGGACUAAUCUGCGUAACGAAGAGAAUUAAGAGAAACUACAAGUGCUACGAGGAACUUUACUUACUGUAGUGAUCCUCAGACUGGCGUUAGUUUUGUCUUCCACCAGAGGGCACUGUGGGACCAGCAAGGCUUCAUCACAGGCAGUGGGCUCAGCUCCUUUGAAGGCUGUGUUUGCUCAAACACUCACGGUUGCUGUAGGUCAUUGCAAGGAAUUAAUAGCAGUGUGUUACAGAGUGAAGAAGUGGAAGUUGCUGCCUGUCUUAACUGACAGCUGUAGUAUGUGAUCUAAUUUGGCAGCCCUCUGUGUGUCCUCACCUGGAAUGAUGUAGAAGUUCUGAGAGCCAGACCCAGAUUGUUUGACCUUGGCAGAAAUGAAACCGGGCUCCUUAAUUUCUAGCUACAGUGACAUCAAGUCUUUGCUCUGCAGGAUGCUACAGCGGUGGCAUUAAGGUCACACAAAUGGUUGUCCUUGGUUACACUACGCCCUGCUUGGGUUGCCAUGGAAACAUUGUGGUAACCUUGAAGGUGUGUGACAUCCUGCUGUAAGGUUAGACUGGUGGUUGGAUGGAUGUGUCACAUCAUUGUCAUUUCAUAUGUACAUUCUUUCUUUCUUUUUCUGUCUUUCUAUCUUUCUUUUCUUUUCAUCCAUUCUUACUACACUGCCCUUUCUCCCCUUUCUUCCUUCUUGUCUGCCCCCCCACCCCCCGUCCCUGGGGAGACUUAACACAGACAGUCAGCUGGUCCCUCCUCCUCUCCCAUCUCCCCUAUCUUCUCAUGAACUGCUGCCUGCUACUCACCCCACCCUUCGACUCACUGACAGGAAGCAGGAGGCAACCUUGCUUCGUCCUAGAUGAGUGAGAGCUGAGCACAAGCUCUGUGUGAAUGUGUUACCCGUGCUGAUUUCACAAGAGGAGGGUGUGUAUUUGUGUUGGUGUGAAACCUCAUUUUUGUCUGCAUUACAGAUCUGUGUAGUGGAGACUGUUUGAGCUUUUGCAGCCAUCUGGUGUGAGCGUCUUUUGUGAGUGACUGUAUCUAUGAGGGAAUGCGACAGUUCAGGGGAUCACUGUGAAUAUGAGUGGGGAGCAGCACAGCUGAGCUGCCUUUAUCCCUGCUCUCUCUCUCUCUCUCCUUCCUCAUCUUCUCAUUUGUGUUUGCAUAGUGAAGCGGUGUGUGCAUAUGUUGUUUGGAGAGCAGAGCAGCAUGUGUGUCUUCAUUAUGUGUGUGACUGUGGACUGUACUUUGGAGGGCUAGGAGUUGAGGAGUAGAGCAGGGGUCCAGCUGUGGCUUCGCCAAUUAGUCAGGAUGGUGCAGCGCUUCAGUCUCCGUAGGCAGUGCUCUAAGAUUGACCGGCUGGAGGUCAGCGUGCUGGGCCAGACUUCGCUGGCUGUGUCAUGUGGGGCGGAGGGUUCGCUGGCAGGGGCCGAUGACGGCACCCCAGACCCUCAGCGCACCAAGCAGGCGAUCGCUCAGCUGCAACAGAAGAUCCUCAAGCUGACGGAGCAGAUUAAGAUUGAGCAGACGGCCAGAGAUGACAAUGUCGCAGAGUACCUCAAACUAGCCAACAAUGCCGACAAACAGCAAAGCACACGCAUCAAGCAGGUCUUCGAGAAGAAGAAUCAGAAGUCGGCGCAGACCAUCCAGCAGCUGCAAAGGAAGCUUGAGCACUACCACCGAAAGCUGCGGGAGGUGGAGCACAACGGCAUUCCACGCCAGCCCAAGGACGUCCUGCGGGACAUGCAGCAGGGUCUGAAGGAUGUCGGCGCCAAGGUCACGGGCUUCAGUGAAGGUGUGGUGGACAGCGUGAAGGGAGGUCUCUCCAGCUUCUCUCAGGCCACGCACUCGGCCGCAGGGGCGGUGGUCUCCAAGCCCAGGGAGAUCGCCUCGCUGCUUCGCAAUAAAUUUGGCAGCGCAGACAACAUCCCCUCACUCAAAGACUCCCUGGACGACCCGUCGGUGGAGGACGGCGUGGCGGUGACAGGCGGACGUUCACUGGGUAGCGCUGGGCAUCACUUCCAGUCCAGCCCCAAGUACGGCAGUGAGGACGACUGCUCUAGUGCAACGUCAGGCUCAGCAGGAGCCAACAGCACGACGGGGGCCCCCGGCGGCCCCCCCAGCUCCAAGGGCAACACACUGGAGAGGAGCCAGAGCUCCAGCUUGGACAUGGUACUGCAGGAGGUGCAGGAGCUGAGGGAGGGUCAGGCAAGACUGGAGGAGAGCCUGGACGGCUUGAAGAGCCAUUAUCAGAGAGACUACACGCUUAUAAUGCAGGCGCUGCAGGAGGAGCGCUUCAGGUGUGAACGUCUGGAGGAGCAGCUCAACGAUCUGACAGAGCUUCACCAGAACGAGAUCCUGAACCUCAAGCAGGAGCUGGCCAGCAUGGAGGAGAAGAUCGCCUACCAGUCAUACGAGCGAGCCAGAGACAUCCAGGAGGCGUUGGAGGCGUGUCAGACCAGGAUCUCAAAGAUGGAGCUUCAGCAGCAGCAACAGCAGGUGGUCCAGUUGGAGGGGCUGGAAAACGCCACGGCCAGGACCCUCCUGGGAAAACUGAUCAACGUGCUGCUCGCCCUCAUGGCCGUCCUGCUGGUCUUUGUCUCCACUGUGGCCAACUGCGUGGUGCCCCUGAUGAAGACGCGCUCACGCUCCCUGUCCACCCUGCUCCUCAUCCUCCUCCUGGCCUUCCUGUGGAGGAACUGGGACGCUCUCUCAGGCUACACCCACCGUGCUCUGCAGCCUGCAGGAUGAGCGCGUGCACGCGGCUCUGGUUCUAACUGUAGCUGCAGUCCUGCAGUCUGGGGGGGCGGCAGCCGUGGGAGCGGCGGUGUGGCCGGCACCGAAACUUCGGCUGAGCACUUUCCCGUCAAGCCUGGAAUCAAGAUCAAGUGGAAGAAACAGAUUCCAGGGGAGAACAGAGAUUUCUUUAGGAAUGAUGAGACUGUUUACAUUUUAAACUGUUAUUCCUCAGAACACAGCGUCGUUCUGUUUUUAUCUUUUAGACUUUAAUCAGUUAUAAUGUUAUUAUUUCUAAUAUUAUUAUUUUAUUUUGAACCGUAUUUUAUUCAGUAUCAUGUAGCAUUCUGCUCCCACUCUACUUGAAGGGGAGGUGAGUCAGGACACAUCCAGUCCACUUGAUGUGAUGCUGUGGUUGAUUCCUGUAGGACGAGAACUCGUUCUGAGCAUUUGGGAGUUUUGGCUGAAAACCUUCCUGGGAUUUGCUCCUUUUCUUGCUGUGAUGAAAUGUGUUCAGAUUGAACACGUUGAAGGACUGACCAUGUACAAGAGUUUCUGUGCUUCCUUAAUAGCAGAGAUGUGAUGAUUUUACUUAUUUUGUUUUUAAGUAAAACCACAAAGUGUGUUAAUUAUGAGUUAUGGGAGAAACACAGAAUGAAACAGCUUUAAGAGGAAAAGCUACGAAUGCUGCUCAACAUACGGCACAUGAAUAUGAAGAAGCCAUGUUUGAAGUGCUGCAGUUAUGAAGGAAGCGGGUUUGGCUUCAAACAGAAGGCCGCUGUGGGUCCCGUUCCCUGAUAACUGCCUCUCACCCCAUCUGAUCAGGUUGGGUAGAUGAGACCACUGGUGCGUUUCAGCUGCAGCUCGGCUGGAACUACUCUGCUGCUGCUCGUGAUUUACUGUGCGAGUCGUCUCCACUGCCACGCCAGUCGAAGGCACACUGCCCCUAUGUGACACUGAGCCCUUGUAUUGUCCCUGUGACCUGUGUCCUUGGUUUCAUAAGGACCACGAGUUGAGGCGUUAAUCGCACAGUGCCAAAAUGUAGUCAAGCCAGGGAUGCCUGAGCAUCCAAAGAGGGAGAACAGGGAGGUUCCUCAGCAGCUUCAGCUUCUUUGGCUCAGAUCAGCGUCACGCCUCCAUGUAUCACUGUGGGAGACGGAACUUUCUCAAGGUAAAUUGAAACUCCAGGUCUUUAGUUUUGUGCAAAGAAUCCAUCUUUGCCAUCAAGGACCUGACAAAUGACCUAACGCACUAAACAGUCGGCCCUCGUUUCAUGCUGAGAAGCUGAUUUGCUAACAGAUAGUGAGAUCGUUUGAAAUGUACAGCUGCACUUUAGCACACUCCUAGAUAACAUGUAGGUCAGGCUGAGGCUUAAGAAACUUCUGAUAUAGACUUCAAAGGUUGUCAUUGUUAAGACGAUAGUCUUCCGUGGGAUGAGAAGAGCUGGCUCAGGUCAGGAUCACUGUCACUCUGUCUAAAGAGGACUUUACUUCCUUUCCUAACAAUACGUGGUUGAACCUGCUUGUGGCAGGAGGUCAGUGCAUUAAUCUAUUGUAGUUGCUGAGAGUGAGCUGACCUUUGACCCCAGCUCCACCACGCAUUAACUCCCUUGAUUUAGGGUCGUGUGCUGAGCCACCCAGUGCCUUCUGAUGUCCUUUUCUAAGUGUGGAAUAAAUAAAAUGCAUUCCUGACUAA